AUGGCAGAAUGGGAUUCUAUCGCCGAGAUCGAUGGAUCAGAGUCUAUCUCACCAGACCUGAUCAAGCUUCGUGGUGGCUGGGCAUCUCAGGACCCAGGUCAUCCGCAUAUGGACACAAGCAAACAAGAUACGAAGCUGGUAGAGCAACUAUUCCUCGAUCUCCCUAUAAGCGAUGUUCUCCAUCCUCCCGAGUGGGCUCCUGUUGUCGAACCCUGGGCAAGCUCAUACGUGACUUCUAUUCGCGAAUCAAGAUUUGGCGACGCAAUCUGGGCGCGAUAUCAAAUGCUUGGACAGGUAGUUGAUGGGUUGUGCAGAGGGAAGACCAUUGUUGAGAGGAUCACUGAAGAUGAGAUGGGGUACAAGAAAUACUCAUCCGAAUUUUAUGCUGAGGCCGUCGCCUUUUACAGAGCUAACAACAGCAGCUCCGACGGCCAUCCUGAGGUGAUUGAGAUUAUCUUGCGGGUCGACACCGAAGACCUUACUGGGAAGCAUAUUCCUGAGGAUGGAUGA